AUGGCAUCGCUGCUGAAAGUAUCUCCACAGGACAAUAUCGAGUUUCCACUGGUGUUAUACACGCCUUUAAAUGCGAACUUAUUACUGGAAAACUUAUCUGGUGUGCAUGUGGCCUUUAAAAUCAAGACCACAGCACCCAAGGGCUAUCUAGUCCGCCCCUCAACAGGGACAAUUAAACCUGGAGAGGCACUUACUGUUCAAAUCAUUUUGCAGCCUCUUAGUGAGGUUCCAAAUGUGGUCAACGACAGGUUCCUCGUCCAGUGCACUGCCAUCGCAAAUGACGAAUUGGUUUCCAAGGAUUUCUGGACUACACUCGACAAAGCCAGUAUCCAAGAUCACCGCCUCAAUGUAACCUUUAAGAAGGAUAUUGGUCUCAACAUACAGACAAGCCAAUCCAACAUUGGCGUCCCGCCUCACAUCGCCGCCAGAAUUCUCACCCCCUUGGGACCCAAUGCAGGCGUUGCAGAACUAAGACAAAAGUACGAGGAGCUAGUAUCAUACUGUCUAACGGCAGAAAAGCAAAAGGCUGCUCUGGUUAAAGACAACGAGAAACUUCGUCAGCGCCUCCACCUGGGCCCCAACGACCCUGCCUCUGGAAACAAAUGGCCCCUAGAAGGUUGGCAUCUACCCGUAAUGGUGAUCAUAUUAGUAAUUAUUCUCAAGGCCAUUGGCUACUGGUAG